UAUAUAUAGACAAAUAUAUAAAUAGCACUAUAUAAGAAUCUACGUAUUAUCUUUUUGCUCAUAAUAUACGCCUACUCUAUGGAUCAGUGUUAACAUUAGAUACAGGUAACAUGCGGAUACUCUAGUACAUCAUGUCCGACAAAAGAAUAGAAUUCUUGAACUUGUCAAUUGAAUUGAUGUGUUGGAAAUGCGGUGAGGCAUUAGCGAAUCCCACGCAGCUGUCAUGUGGCCAUCGAGUCUGUGAACGCUGUCUGGAUGAUGUGUGUGGAAGCCAGGAUGAGAUCAUCUGUAAAAUGGACAAAUGUGGAGAAAAGAGUCGCAGAAAUGAGGUGUUUAUGGACAUGUGCUGUCAUCGGCAAAUUCAAGAUAGCAAGGUGCAUUGCCCAAACAGAGAGAAUGGCUGUGAAGAAGUGAUGGCUUUAAAAGACCUUAAGAACCACUUCUUAACAAAUUGUAACUUUGUCGAAAGGAAAAUCCCGGAUGGAGAUGACUUUUCAAAUGUACAGCUGGGCACAAACGUUUUGGAGCAUAACACCCCCCAACGAGGUAUCCUGGAUGGGCAGUUGGUAGACUCCAUAUCCGAUGACGGUAUCUCCAUCCGCCAGGAAGUUGAGCGUGUGUCAGAAACCUGGAAGAAUAUACAUGGGCCUGUUGGAGAAGUGAAAAAGCAAAAUAAGGAAGUUGCCGUUGAUAUCGAAGACGCACAUAAAGUUAUGCGCAAGGUGGACAGUCUGACUCUAAACGUGACUCUUCUUGAGAUUCGCUUCAAUGAGUUGAGUCGAGGACAACCGUGGAUCGCAAAUCACACUGGCGUGUUUAUAUGGAAACUCCAAAAUUACAGUGAUAAACGUAAACAAACAGACCAUGGUAUAAACAGUCCUCCAUUUUAUUCCAGUUGUUAUGGAUACAAGAUAUGUGGGCGGGUCUACUUGAACGGAGACGGUCUUGGCCAGGGAACGCAUCUUUCCUUCUUUGUUGCCAUUAUGAAGGGAGAGUUUGAUGCUGUACUGCCCUGGCCUUUCCGGCAGAGAGUGACUUUGACGCUGAUGGACCAGAACAAUGGAAAAGAACAUUUGUCCGACACAUUCCGACCGGAUCCCGAAAGUAGCAGCUUCAGGCGGCCAAUGACAGACAUGAAUGUCGCUUCCGGAUGUCCGAGGUUUGUAGAACAUAGUCGUUUAGAGACAUCAACCUACCUUCAGGAUGACAUACUUUUUCUGAAGAUAAAAGUUGACGUGAAUGACCUAUCUGACGGCGCGUCAUUCCAGGGACAAUCUUAUGAAGUAGAAGGCGAAGAAGAAGGGCGAUAAGUUUUCGUUGCGAUUUUGUAUUCUCAUGUAUAAGCAUUUCUAACAUAUCAACCCUCGCAACAAAGCCUAAUGGGUUAAUGUAAAUCAUGUUUAUUCUUGUUUUUUUAUGUAUCUGUUGUAAGUCUUUGAUAUUUUUAGAUAACAUGUUUAUGUUAAUAUUAACUUUACUUUUAAUCGUUCUUUUGUACAUUAUACUCUAUGUUACUUAGUUUACGGUCGUCAAAUAGCAUAUCAUGACAAUUUGUUGAAGAUGUGUGAUUACUCUGUUGAAUAAAGGCUAGAAUCUAUA